UCUCACCAUGCCCCUGGCGCGCCUCUCUCCGCUCCUGUGGCCUCGGCUGCAGACAUGCGCACUGCGGCUGGCAGUCAGCGCCGCACCGCGCGCCGCCGCCACGCCGCAGCUGGCGCGCAGCCAGCACGCCUCGGCCGUGCGGCGCGAGGCGGCCAAGGCAAAGGUGCCACCGGCGCCCGCCUCGCCGCUCGAGUCGUCGACGGCGCGCGCCGACCUGACCCGCCGGCGCUUCUGGAAGUCGGUGGCGCUCGCAUCGGCGCCGCUGCCGGGGGCCAGUGCCGAGACGGCCUCGACGCUCGUCGUCGAGCUCGACGGCCGCCCGCUGCGCACGCCCGAGGGCACCGUGCUGCGCAUCCCGCGCGAGCGUGUCCUGCUCGCCUCGCUCGUGGCGCGCGAGUGGAGCGAGCAGGAGAAGGUGAUGAAGAGUUGGACUCUGCCGAUGACCUCGCUGGCUGCCCGGGCUCUGGACGGUCUUGCCACACCGGAGCAGCGCUCCGCCGUGUGCGACGAUCUUGUGCGGUAUCUGCGCACGGACACGGUCUGCUUCCAGGAGGACCACCCUCCGAUCCUCGUUCAGCUGCAGCAUGAGCACUGGGACCCGCUUCUCGCCUGGGUGAAGGAGCGAUUUGGGAGCACAAUUGUGCCGAUCACCGGGCUGCUGGGCGCGUCGCAGGCCGACGAUGCCGUGGCGCCGCUGCGCCGGCACAUCGACUCGUACGAUGCAUGGGAGCUGGCAGCCUUUGAACGCGCUGUGAUGGCGACGAAGAGCUUCGUCAUUGCGCUGCGCCUCGUCGAGGCCAACCGCACGUCGGACGGCGAGCAGUGGGGCGUCGAGGAGGCCAGUCAGGCAGCCGAGGUGGAGGUCAAGAGCCAGACAGAGAAGUGGGGCAUGGUUGACGACACGCACGACGUGGACCACGAGGACCUGCGCGCUCGGCUGGGCGGCUGCGUGCUCGGCCUGGUGCGCGACAGCGCAGAGGUGGCUGACGAGGUGCUGAGCGGACAAGCAACGCAAUAGAGCAGUCCUCAGGACGCACGCAGCAGAGCCGAGGUCAUGAGAUGUGCAUUCAAGGUAUAGCUGCAAGUGGGGAUAGUGGCAAGAGGCUCGUGCAUGACGUGUGUGCAGCGUAGCGUGUUGCGCUUAGAUGGACAC